AUGAAUCGAUGGGAUCCACACACGACUACUCAGGUAAUGCUUGAAGAUGCGGACGAUUGGGUUCGUCUAGAAGAUGGCCAACAAGCAAUAACUGAAAGGAACCCGAAUGGCAUCACCUCUCCUUCGAUGUAUUCAUUGAUCUCGGAGAGUGAAGCGCAGAAUGGAGAAAUGGUGCUUGGUGGAGUCUCGACUAGUAGUGAAGGCGGUAAUUUCAUGGGGUGGUUACAGAAGGGUUGGCUGAAUCGCCGGGCGCAAGGGGAAAUCUAUAAACUUAAGGCUGAUCUCGACCGGAUUGUCCCGAAGGCACCUGAAGAGGAUGACCAUGGAUCUCCUGUUGUCGUGUCUCCAUAUACUUAGUUGCCGUUUGGUAGUCGAAUAUGUACGGCAGGAUGGCCGUGGUUCGUAUUCUCCUUCCGUACCACUGGAAGUCGCCGAUUGGUUGUAUAUAUGUCCCAUUUUCUCCGCCGUAGACCUGGCAGAUUGGAACUACAUCGUCAC